UGUGCGCACAUUCACACCUGCCCUGGCAUACUAGGGUGGAUGUAUGUCAGAGCGGAGUUCUCCUACCCACCUCCUGUUCUACUUCCCUUCCCUUCCCCUUGCUGGCCCUCUGAAGCGCUGCAUGCUGAAUUCUGUGUGCUCUGUUUUCAGGGGACGCUGGCCCAGCCCCAGCCCUGGUGGAAGAGCCAGCUGUUUGUGUGGGAGCCAGUGCUGUUUGGGACCUGGGACGGUGUGUUCACAUCCUGUAUGAUCAACAUUUUUGGGGUUGUCCUUUUCCUGAGGACUGGCUGGUUAGUGGGAAAUACAGGAGUGCUCAUGGGCAUGUUUCUGGUGUCCUUCGUCAUCCUGGUGGCCCUCAUCACCGUGCUGUCUGGCAUCGGUGUUGGGGAGCACUGUGGUGUUGGCAGCGGUGGUGUCUACUCGAUGAUCUCCUCGGUCCUUGGUGGGCAGACCGGUGGCACGAUUGGGCUACUGUACGUGUUUGGACAGUGUGUCGCAGGGGCCAUGUACAUCACCGGCUUUGCUGAGUCCAUCUCCGAUUUGCUGAGCCUCAGGAGUAUCUGGGCCGUGCGAGGAAUUUCGGUGGCGGUGCAUCUGGCCUUGCUGGGGAUUAACCUAGCAGGUGUCAAAUGGAUAAUCCGCCUCCAGCUGCUGCUGCUGUUCCUGCUGGCCGUGUCCACACUGGACUUCGUGGUGGGCUCUUUCACACACCUGGACCCAGAGCACGGUUUUAUUGGGUAUUCACCAGAACUGCUACAGAACAACACUCUGCCAGAUUACAGCCCUGGAGAGUCUUUUUUCACUGUUUUUGGGGUGUUCUUCCCAGCGGCUACAGGAGUCAUGGCUGGUUUCAACAUGGGGGGUGACCUCAGGGAGCCCGCUGCCAGCAUCCCCCUGGGCUCCAUAGCAGCUGUUGGCAUCUCGUGGUUUCUGUACAUCGUAUUUGUCUUCCUGCUGGGCUCUGUCUGCACCCGAGAGGCCCUUCGCUAUGACUUCCUGAUAGCGGAAAAGGUGUCCCUGGUGGGCUUCCUGUUCCUUUUGGGCUUAUACAUCUCAUCUCUGGCCUCCUGUAUGGGAGGACUCUAUGGAGCCCCCCGGAUCCUGCAGUGCAUUGCCCAGGAGAAAGUGAUUCCCACACUGGCCUGUCUGGGGAAAGGGAAAGGGCCAAAUAAAACACCUAUAGCUGCCAUCUUCCUGACCAGCUUAGUGACCAUGGCCUUUGUCCUUGUGGGCCAGGUGAAUGUUCUAGCCCCCAUUGUCACCAUCAAUUUCAUGCUGACAUACAUUGCAGUGGACUACUCUUACUUCUCUCUGUCCAUGGGUCCCUGCAGCCUUCCCCAGGUGCCUGAGUCAGUGCACAGGGAGGGCACAGGAGCUCUCCACUGCUCUGAGCACCUGCUCUUGCAGAAGGCUCCCAGCUAUGGCUCUGAGGGCACUGCCCGAAACCUCUCUGAGGGGACUCUGCUAGAAUUCACCAAAGACAUGGAUCAACUCCUCCAGCUAACCAGGAAGCUUGAGAAUAGCCAACCGAGGCAAGGAGACAGUGACGGGAUCCCAGAAAGUAAGAAGGGGAAAAGCAAGAAGGCCACAAAGUCAACCUUACAAGAUAGCUUCCUUUUGGACCUCAAAUCCCCAGCUUCCUUAUCUGCUGAGGGCUCUGACAGAUUGCCUACUGCCUCAUGGGAGGGGCAGGAAGACUACUGGAACAAACAGAGUGCCAGGAGUGAAAGAGUUUGGUCUAGAGGAACAUGUGGAGAACAACUUGUCCCUGAGCCAAGUUACCAGCCUGGCCCAAGUGGAGAAGAGUUCUUCCUGAAGUCUAGGCUCCAGGACCAAGAUAUCCAGAGGAGACCAAUUUCUUUCUACACCCACAUGUGCAACCCCUGGGUCUCCCUGUUAGGGGCUGUUGGGUCCCUUCUCAUCAUGUUUGUGAUCCAGUGGGUCUAUACCCUCAUUAACAUGGGUGUUGCUGCCAUUGUGUAUUUCUAUAUCGGUCGGGCCAGUCCAGGGCUUCACCUUGGAUCAGCCUCCAACUUCAGCUUCCUCAGGUGGAUGAAGUCUCUUCUGAUCCCCUCCUGCAGGAGCUUGAGAUCUCCCCAAGAGCAGAUAAUUUUGGCGCCAUCCCUGGCUAGGGUUGACAUGGAAAUGACUCAGCUCACCCAGGAGAACGCAGACUUCGCUACUCAGGAUCGCUACCACCAUUCUUCCUUUGUGAGUCGGGAACAGCUGAUGUCUCAGUACUAGGGUACUGAGUGCUUAGUAGUAGGCAGCCCAAGGGCCCUCCUUUCUUGGAGCUGUCCUGUGCACAAUUGAUCUGGAUCUCAGAACCUUCAUGAUGCUGAUUCUCCUCAGUAAGAAACUCAAAGACCUGUCCUCCCACUGUUGUUCUGGAAAAUGGACAUCUGCACUCUGGUCUGGAGCACCACAUCUCACCAGGGUAACCACUGGAGUGGCUGUGGCCUCCUCAACAUGCACCCAGUGUGAAGAGCUCCACAACAAACAUCAAGACUUGUAGGUGUGGAGAGUCAGCCCAGGUUGCUUGUUCUGAAGGCCACAAUAAA